AUGUGCGUCCAAGACCUCGCCUACUGCAUCUACUGCGGCUUCGAGCGCACAAUGCACUUCCAGCGCUGCAAGCACUGGAUCAAGGCGCUCGCGAGCUACCACAGAGCCUACCCGUCCGACUGCCUCAGCAAGGCGCCGUACCCUCGGGCCCAGGACUGCGGGCACCUCUCGCGCAACCUGAGAAUGGCGAUCCGGCCCGGCGCCUGCCCGCGAGGACCGCCGCCGCCGCCGCGGGAGGCAGCGGCCGGCGAGGGAAAGAGCGGCAGCCAAGCGGGAGACGACGAAGGCUGCCGCGGCUACGAAGCCGAGGCGCAGCUGAAGGCCAUGGGGCGGGGCGAGUGGGAGGCGACCUGGGGGCAUCGCGUCUUGCGGUGGGAGAUGGGGCUGCAGCAAGUCGAGUUCAUGACGCGCCGCGCCGACGACAUGCCUGGCGCAGCGCUCGAGGUGCUGAAGCGCGGGAACGGCAGGAUGAGCAGGAGGCACGGCACCAGCCUCCCCGCCAAAGAGGACAACGUGAUGCGCCGCGCUCAGGGGACCAAGACGGCGCCGCCGGCGGGUUCCUCCGGCGUCGCGUCCAGCCCCACGAUGAAGUUCCUCAAGAAGCCGCAGACGACGCAUGCCGUCGCGGCCAAGAGUGUGACGGGGCAGAUCAUCGGCGAACAAAAGACGAGGCGCGUCCAGUGGGCGGGUGCUGCGCAGAAGACAACCGACAAGACAAAGACGGAGCCCGAGGACCGGUUCGAGGAGGAUUCGGCGGCGCCCAGCGACCAGCUCGCCGCGCUGGGCGUCAAAGUGCGCACAAUUCUGGCCGGGCACGUCAGCUACAUCGACCGCGAGAAGGGGAGGAUCCGAGGAAUGAUGGUCCAACAUGUUGAUCGCCAGAGGGAGAAGGCAACCACCACCCGCUCAGCUGGUCCCAAACGAGUCCGCCACUACAACGGGCCCAUGGAGCGGCCUUCGCGGCACAGGGUAGGAGACGAUGGGGCACCUGUUAUACUGGCAUGUGCGCUGCACAAGAAAGGGGACAUGAACAAGGACAGACAGGCCGCCCUCAGGGGUUUGGGGUGUGUAAUAUGA